AUGGCUGUCGAUUCAUUUUUCGCAAAUACUCGUAAACGCAAGCGCCCUGCAAAGACAACUAGCACCGUGCAAAGAAAGGGCCCAGCCAGCAAAGCUCAACCCAAGGGCCGUUCAGCCCCCAAGAAAACAGCUGACAGCGACAUUGAAGGAGACGAAGACGACGAUGAUCAUUUCAAUGCCAAUUUAUCUGCUGAAAGCGACGAAGAAUCAUCUGAAGAAGAAAUCGAGGAAACUGCGGCCGAGAAACGUGUUCGUCUUGCCAAAGCUUACUUGGGAAGCAUUGAAGAAUCCUUGGAUGAUGAUAUUACUGGAUUCGAUGCUGCCGACCUUGAUAGAGAUCUUAUUGCUGAGCGUUUAAAGAAAGAUGAUGAUGAAAGCGAAGGUCGACUUCAUUUGCGUAUUGCUGAUAACUUCAAGUUUGAUGAUAUUGAAAACAUAAAGAUCAACACAUGCCGUGGCCAUCAACGCCCAGUUACAGCAGUUGCAUUAGCUGAGAACGGCUCCAUCAUCUAUUCAGCAUCCAAAGAAGGAUCGAUUAUCAAAUGGGAUGCAAACACAUUCAAGAAAUUACAUACAUUUCCCGGUGGAAGAAAGGGCGUCAAGAAUUUUGAUGGACAUACCGAGGAUAUCUUGUGUCUUGCAAUAAGUUUUGAUGGCCAAUAUCUUGCUAGUGGUGGAAAGGACAAAGUGAUCAACAUUUGGUCAGUGAAAGAAAACAAGCAUAUCGUCAAAUUUACACAACACAGAGACGCCGUUUCGGGACUUGCAUUCCGUAAAGGAGCAAAUCAGUUAUACUCUGCAUCCCAUGAUCGUACCAUCAAACUAUGGAAUAUCGAUGAACGUGCAUAUAUAGAAACAUUGUUUGGCCACCAAGAUCAUAUUACGGAUAUUGAUACCCUUGGUCGUGAACGUUGUGUAUCAACAGGUGGUAGAGACAAAACAGCGAGAGUGUGGAAAAUUGCAGAGGAAUCGCAACUGGUAUAUAGAGGUGGUAUUGCUACCAAAAACCCAGAUGGUAGCAAUCGUCCUUUAUAUCUUGAAGGAAGCCUUGAUUGUAUAGCACAGAUCGACGAGAGUAUGUUCAUCACAGGUGGUGAUAGUGGUGUUGUGUCAUUAUGGGAAUUGAAUCGUAAAAAGCCAGUGUUCUCUGUCUCCACUGCUCACGGAUUAAACACUGUUGCAAGUGAGUCAGAAGGCGACAUUAACACACCCUAUUGGAUUACUGCUGUGGCAUGUUUAAGAUAUUCAGAUUUAUUCGUAUCGGGAUCAUGGGAUGGUAAUGUUCGCGUGUGGAAGUUGGCAGCAGACAACAAGAGCUUUAGUCAAAUCGCACAAAUUCCUGUCAAUGGCGUCGUCAAUAGCAUUCAAAUCAAGACCACUUUCCCUUCUAAGCGCACUCUGUUAGUCGUUGGUGUUGGUCAAGAGUUGAAGCUGGGUCGUUGGAUCAGAUUAAAGGGUGGUGUAAAGAACUGUACAAAAAUAAUUGAGUUGGAGUCUACUUCUGGAAAACUAAGAAUCAUUUGA